CACAACCCCGCCAUAGCACAUAGCACAUGACUGAACUUGACCUCUUCUCAGCAACGCCCAGCUUCGACAACCGUGCCAGGAAGACCGGAUCUGGGAUAUCUGAUGGCGACUUUUCAAUAAGAAUCUUGAAACUCUGACAGCCCGUGCAGGUCAGCCGCCACCAUGGCCUCCAACGCGACGGCCACACUCACGUCGCUCCUCCGUGGCUCGACGAUUGAGGACCACGAAGAAGUGCUCAAGGCUGCCAAUGCCGUCCUCAAAUCCUCCAAAAUCAAUCCCGAGGCUCUUCACACUCGAGUUGUGGCACUCCUAAAGUUGGACCGCUUCAACGACGCCCUCCGAGCGCUCGACGAUGGGGGAGACAAACUUGCGGAAACCUGUGUGCUGGAGAAGGCGUAUGCGUUAUACAAGACGGGGCAGCUAGCAGAAGCCGAGAAACUUGUGCAAGGAGCGAACACACGCGGUCUGAAGCAUGUCGCCGCCCAAGUGGCUUAUCGCGCAGAGAAAUUCGAGGAUGCCGCAAGAUUAUACAAGGAGCUGAGUUCAGGAGCUAUGGCAAUAGAAGGGGAAGAAAACGAUUUAAGAAUCAACAGUUCGGCGGCAGAUGCGCAGUUGGAGUGGCAGGGAAACGGCGACAAGGUGGAAACGAGCAGGAAGAAGCCAUCCCGCGAGGAUCUCGAAGCAUUUGAGACUUCCUACAAUGCUGCUUGCGGGUGUAUUGCAAGAGGAGACUUGGGUGCUGGAAGUGUGUUGCUGAAGAGAGCUAGAGACUUAUGCGAGGCGCUUGAUGAGCUAAGUGACGAGGAAAAGAGAGCUGAAGUUCUGCCGAUCAUGGUUCAACAGGCGUUUGUUUUCACGAAGCUGGGCAAGCUGGAAGAAGCGGAAGUUCUGCAGAAGAUGAUAAACAUUGCUGAUGUCCCUGAGCCACCGUCCCGAGUCAUUGCGCAAAACAAUGCAUUGGCAGCCACGACCCAUACCGAUAACCCGUUCAUGACCCAACGCAUCUUCGAUUCAGUCCCCAACUUAUCUCACACCGAAAAACAUUUUGAGCAUCAAGCGAGCAUACUACAGCGCAAUAGAUACACCAUCGACCUACAAGCACAGAAAUAUCCGGGAGUCUCAAAAUCUACUUCUUCGGCCAUCUUAAAAUCGCCUUCCCCCACGAUUUCGCCAUAUAUCAGCUCACUGUCAGUUCUCAAUGCUGCAGCACAUGCAAAGAGUGAGACGGGAAAAGCGAGUUUAAAGUCAAUUUUGCCCCUUUUAGAGAAACGCCCAAACGACGUUGGCCUAAUACUCGUUGUCGUUCAGCUCUAUCUCCUAAUCAACAAUCCUGGUCCUGCCAUAAGUCUUCUAGAAACCUUCUUCAGGCGCCUAGAAGAGUCAACCACUCCAGCAGACCAAGAUGUACGCUACGCUCCCGGACUCGUAGCACUCAUCAUCUCUCUCUACCGCUUAUCCGGACGGAAAUCGCCCAUAAAAACAGAGUUUAGAAAAGCUGCUUCCUACUGGCGCAAGAAAUCGAAACCAUCUCUCUCCCUCCUCCGCGCAGCAGGCACCUCGCUUCUAGAAUCUUCCAACCCUGAAGAACUCUCUGCGGCAGGUGAGAUCUUCUCCAGCCUACGUUCCCAAGACCCGAACGACCGCACUGCGAUUGCUGGCUACGUCGCCUCCUAUGCCACAUCCGACUUUUCAAAAGUAUCCUUCAACCUAGACAAACUAACACCUAUCUCUCGUCUCAUAUCUGGCAUCGAUGCCGCAGCUCUCGAAGAGGCGGGGGUCCCUACUCUCCCUGCACCUUCCGCUCUUACCAGCAAGAAACGCAGUCUAGAUGAAAAGGAUAAAGAGAAGCCGGUACCAGUUAAGAAGAAGAAGAUUAGCAAGUCGAAGAUGCCCAAGGACUUCGAAGAAGGGAAAAGGAUGGAUCCAGAGAGGUGGCUGCCGUUGAGAGAUAGGAGCACGUAUCGGCCGAAAGGCAAGAAAGGGAAGAAGAAGGCGAUGGAGAUGACGCAAGGUGGUGUGGUGAAGGAAGAAGAGAGCUUAGAGUUAGCGGGUGGUGCAGGGACGGUUAAGGUUGAGAAGGCAGGUGGGCCGGGUGGAGCGGGCAAGGCGAAGAAGAAGAAGGGGAAGAAGUAAAUGCCAUGAUUCUGAGCGUAGUGAGAGCAUAGCAUGUAAAUUGAAGAGCUACGACGUUUGAGCAAAAGAGUUCCGAACACUAUUCAACCAUCUCAAACCUUGUUCACGGGAACAUGAGUUGGUGCAACAAACGUCUGUUCCGUCAUUCACAAUCUACCGCCAAUCUCAAUGUACCAGAACUUUUGGAACAUUGAGUAGAUGUGCAAUAAAAGUCUUUCGAUCAUAGGAUUCACUCGAAGACCUUGACCUAGAAUUGGUAAUGAAUCAAGUUGAG